CACAUGCGCCGCUCAUCAUCAUCGCAUCACAAUCAUGCAGCAGUCACACAUCUACAUUCAUAUUUUAGGGCAAUAUGUGUGCUUUUGUUAUGAGUAAAAAUGCUGUGCCAUGUAUAUGACCGUGGAGAUGUGCGAUCCUUUGCCGUCAAGCACCUAAAAUGACUUGGAGAAGUAUGUUGGAGUUAUGAGUGAAUGAUGGAUAAAAAUGCAAGCUACACUGAAUACGGGUCAUGGAAAAUCUUGAAAACUCGACAGAUUGCAAGGAGACUGUGUCUCCACUAAACAAUUCAGGGUCUAUACUGAACAGCACUGACUCACGUCGUGAUGGCAAAGCCAUGGGGUUUGUGCUGGUGCAUGCAGGGGCAGGGUAUCAUUCAGAAUCCAAAGCCAAGGAAUACAAACAUGUGUGCAAGAGAGCUUGCCAGAGAGCUGUGGACAGGCUCAGAGCUGGAGGAAUGGCACUGGAGGCAGUGACAGCAGCUCUUAUAGAGUUAGAGGACUCCCCGUUCACCAAUGCGGGUACUGGAUCCAACCUGAACCUCUCAGGUGAGAUCGAGUGUGAUGCCAGCAUCAUGGAUGGGAAGUCCUUAAACUAUGGAGCCGUUGGAGCCUUGAGUGGAAUCAAGAACCCAGUGCUGGUAGCCAGACGACUAUUAAGUGAAACUCAGAAAGGGAAACUGUCAGCUGGCCGGAUUCCUCCCUGUUUCUUAGUGGGCAGAGGGGCAGAACAGUGGGCCAUCAGCCAUGGUAUCCCAGCAUGCACUACAGAGAAGAUGACAACCAAGUUCAGUUUGUCAGCCUACAAGAGAAACAAGAGGAAGAUGGAGCUGGCAGAGCUGGUUGAAACGAAGAGGAGACGACAAUCAAGUGGACACGAGAACGAUUUUGGCUGUUUGGAGCCAGUAGGAGACAUUAUGGUGGAAGGUGAGGUGAAUAACUCAGCCUGUCUGGACACGGUAGGCGCGGUCGUGGUGGAUGGAGAAGGAAAUGUGGCGGCUGCGGUUUCCAGCGGAGGUCUGGCCAUGAAGCACCCAGGCCGAGUGGGACAGGCUGCUCACUUCGGAUGUGGCUGCUGGGCGGAAAACGCCCGUGACGUCAGCCUUUACUCUACAGCUGUGAGUACCUCAGGCUCUGGGGAGCACCUGAUUCGCACCAUGUUGGCCAGAGAGUGCUCUACUGCCAUGCAGGCUGAAACUGCACACCAGGCCCUACUGGAGGCUAUGCAAAACAAGUUCAUCAGCUCGCCUUUCCUGGCUGGCGAGGACUGUGUUCUGGGUGGGGUGAUUGUUCUGAGGUGCUGCACAUGUGAAGAAGACCAGAGGUCUGAAGACAUGCAGGCUCUGCUGGUGGAGUUUCUGUGGAGCCAUACUACAGAGAGCAUGUGUGUGGGAUACAUGUCUGCCCAGGAUAGUAAAGCCAGGACUCACAUAUCCAGACUUCCUCCAGGGGCGGUUGCGGGACAGUCACUGGCAAUUGAAGGUGGAGUUUGUCGCCUGGGGGCUGCAAGUGAUUGAACUGGUGUGAAAUCAUCCUCUAUUUCUGCAGCAAUAUGUCACCACUGGGAUCUUCAUAGCAAGUGCUUGACAUUGUCAUCAUUAAAUAGCACAGUUAUAAAGGGGAAAAUGGUUGCAAUAUGUAUUUUCUUCCAUCUCUAUCUUACUUUGUCUCUCUUUCUCGUGCACAUGUACUCAUAUUAAUUAUUUUCAUAGUGAUUUCAAAUGUAAUUAUUUAUUCAGUCCUUAUAUAAAAUCAAACCUUUCUACCCCUUUCAAGCUGCAUAUAUGGGUUUACUCUCAAUUGAGAUGGGGAUGGAGUUGGCAUGGUAUUUUGCCUAAGGCCUCAUCUAAGGAAAGGACAUGCCAAGUGCACUUCAGGACUAGUGCACCGCUCUGGUUUUCGUGGGCUUCCAACAAACUUCUCAGCUUCUAGUACACGCUGGACAAGACUUGAUGCUCCAUCAUCCUUUUUGUUUUCUUAAUACUUGAUGUUUAAUAUUACUUUACAAUUUAGUUUUUAUAUAUAGCUUAAUGCUUGAUUUGUGCAAAAGGUCAGUUUAGUAGCUCAAAAUAAAGGUGUGCUGUUUCAAGAUAUUUGAUAUUGUGUGCUUGAAGUGAGUCUGGUUAUGUCGCAAUUAUACACGUAGCAUAUCAUUUAAAUGCUUUUUGAAAUUACAGGAAUCGCUCUUUCAUUUGACUUCUAUUAAGCUGUGUUUAGCAGUUCAGUGAAAGAGUUGGACUAAUAUCAAAUCUAUUUACUGUUAAAUGCACUAAAUUGAUAAUGAAUGAAUUCAUGGUUGUUACGGUUUCACCACAAAUUUGAUGGCAGUUGUAUCUUUGACAAGACUAGAUGCACAUGCACUUUUUCCCAGCGUCUUAACUAAAUAAGUGCACUACUUUGACUAACUUAAAUGCUUAUGAGUGUACCAAGAGAAGUACAAUUACAUGCCCAGUUCCAAUGAAUGGUGCAUGUUGAGCAAUCCACUUGACUUCACUUGACCUUGUUUGAAAGCUGCAUGGUGUACUUGUGUGGUUGAGCUGUAUUAAUAGGUGAACAGCUUUGUGUUUUCUAAUGCCUUGUGUAGUGCUCAGGAGAUAUAAGUAGACCCCAAAAAGCAAGCUAAAUAAGACUGUUAGUCCAUCUUUGAAAAUGCUAAAUAUAUUUGUAACCAGAUAAAAAAGGUCUGUAUUUUAUAACAGCAGAAAAUUGAAAGGAUCUCUAAAAUGUAUUUAUAAAUGAAACUGAAUCAAUUGUGUUGAAGGUUAUUACAAUGAUGAGGGUUUUUUGUUGUUUGUUUGUUUGUUUAUGAAACUGAUGUCUAAGACAGUUCUGCAGUUAGAUCUUUUCUUUAGUUAAACCUCUUGCAAUACUAGAUAAAUGUAAACUUAUUACAUUGACAUACUGUAUAUGCUAUUUAGUUUUACUUGACCCUGCAUUUAUUUAAAAUGUAAACAUCUGUAGACGUUUUCAACAGCAAAUUGUAUUAACCUCUUGCUAUUGUAAUGCUCAAUAAAACUGAACUAUGGUC